CGUCAAGCACACGGUAACCAGCUAGAGGCAAUCUCACCAGUACAAACACAGCAUUGUUUACGGCCUUAAGCAACGCAAAACCAACUGAGAUACGAGAAUAGAAAAAAAAAGAAAAGAAAGGGAAAAAAGAACAGUGGAAGCAUCCUGGAAGACAGGUCAUUCAGAAACAUGGGGUUCGCACACCUCGCUGUGAUGUUCUCUGUCACCAUGAUGCACGUUGUUUCAGGUAUGACCUUUAUGACUCCGGAGUCUGAUACUUCACCGACGUCAGCUCCAGACUCCUAUCCACCAGGUGAGCUGAUACACGCUGCUCUGCAAAGUAAAGAGUACCUGGGACAGGUUUCCGGAGGAUCAGGUACCACCACCAAUCCAACACAGGCGGUGCCUGGGCUUGGGAUGGCUGAGUCUACAGCAACAGCCAUAUCACCAGGGCUCCUCACCACCGCUUUAGGCUCCUCUUCUGCCGCGGGCAAAACCGGAUCGAGGAGUCCUAUGUCUUCGUUCCCCUUGGAAGAAGAGACCACCACAACGCUGAUUACCACCACCACUAUAACCACAAUGCACAUGCCAGUGCAGUGCAAUGCCACGUUGUCAGCAAUGGAGGAUUUUGUUGAGUCUCCUGAUCCUGGAUCAUCGUCCUCAUUUUCUACUCUGGAAUGCACCUACAGCAUUACUGUGUAUCCAGGCUACGGUGUGGAAAUUCAGGUGAGGAAGACAAACCUUUCAAAGGAAGAAUCUCUGGUGAUCAUGGGUCACGGCGGUGCAGGGCCGGAGCUCUUAGCCAAUGAGACUCUGAUGAAAGAGGGGCAGGUGAUCCGCAGUACCACCAAUCAGGUGUCCAUUCACUACCGCAGUCUCCGGCAGUCCAACCAUGGCACAUUCAGCCUCCACUAUCAAGCCUUCCUGCUUUCCUGCCCUUUCCCCACUUCGCCUGAGGGCGGUGGAGUGACGGUGACAGACAUCCAUCCUGGAGGUCAGGCACACUUCCACUGCGAUCCAGGUUUCCAGAUCCGCGGUCAUGAGGUGGCAACAUGUGUCAACACGACGCAGCCACACUGGAGCACUCAUGAGCCUCAAUGUGUUGUUGUUUCUUGUGGAGGAUGGAUUCGUAAUGCAACUGUGGGAAGGAUACUGUCACCACCUCCUCCGCCUGCCAGCAACCACAGUAAUGGAAAUAAUCUGAGCUGCCACUGGCUGAUAGAAGCCAAAGAGGGACACAGGCUGCACCUGCACUUUGAGAGGAUCGCUCUAGAUGAAGAUGAUGACAGGUUACUUGUCCGCAGUGGGAACAGCUCCCUGUCCCAUCUGCUCUUCGACUCUGAUCUUGAUGACGUCCCAGAGCGCGGGCUGCUGAGCGAGGGCUCCACGCUCUACCUGGAGCUCACAGCUGAUUCUUCCUCCAUCCCUCUGCUGCUGGCACUCAGAUAUGAGGCUUUUGACGAUGAGCAUUGUUGGGAGCCCUACAUGCCUCAUGGAAACUUCAGCAGCAGUGACAUCUCAUAUCAACUGGGCACCAUUAUCACCUUCAGCUGCUCUCCAGGCUUCGUCAUGGAGCAGGGCUCAGGAACCAUUGAAUGCGUUGACCCCAGCAAUCCCCAUUGGAACGACAGUGAGCCUGUGUGCAGGGCUUUGUGUGGAGGAGAGCUGACCGAGCCUUCUGGUACCAUUCUGUCCCCCGAUUGGCCCCAGAGUUACUCCAAGGGUCUUGACUGUAUUUGGCAGAUCCAUGGUAAUGAGGAGAAGCGAAUUGAACUGGAGGUCAAGAUCUUGAAUAUUCGUCACACUGAUGUGCUGACGGUGUUUGAUGGACAUGACGUCAUGUCUCACGUGAUCGGCCAGUACAUGGGCUCUAAAGAGCGCUUCCAGAUUGUGUCUGGGGGGUCAGAGGUCACCAUUCAGUUUCAGAGCGACCCGGAUGAUUCCAGCUUCAUCCUCAGUCAGGGGUUUCUUAUUCAUUAUCGUGAAGUUGAACCGAACGACACAUGCCCCACUCUUCCUCAAAUCGAGUUUGGCUGGAUCAGCUCAUCCCACUCCUCUCCUGUGAGAGGCAGCGUCCUGACCUAUCAGUGCCAGCCCGGUUAUGACAUCAGCGGCUCAGACAUCAUCACCUGCCAGUGGGACCUGUCCUGGAGCAGCGCCCCACCCACAUGUGUUAAAGUGCAACAGUGUCCUGAUCCAGGAGAGGUGGUGAACGGGGCACGCUCUGUGCGUCCCGAAGCGGGGUUUGCUUUGGGGACAGUCGUGCGUUUCUCUUGUAAUCAGGGUUAUCAACUCGAAGGGCCCAGUCAAAUCUCCUGCUACGGUCGUGACACUGGUACCCCUAAAUGGAGCGAUCGCAGCCCGAAGUGUGUCUUGAAAUAUGACCCAUGCCCAAACCCUGGAGUCCCUGACAACGGCUACCAAACUUUAUACAAACACAGCUACCAGGCUGGGGAAACUCUGCGCUUCUUCUGCUAUGAGGGCUAUGAACUCAUUGGAGAGGUCAUUAUCACAUGUGUUCCUGGACACCCAUCUCAGUGGAACAGCCCGCCACCCUUUUGCAAAGUGGCAUACGAAGAGCUUUUGGACGACCACAAGUCAGAAGUGUCCCAGUCUUUCGAGCCAUCCCGUCAGAUCCUGAGUGAAAACAUCGCCUUGGCGAUUAUUCUGCCCAUCAUUCUGGUCAUCCUCCUGAUUGGAGGCAUUUACAUGUACUAUACAAACAUUUGCAGACUAGAAUGGAAGCCUCUCUUCUGGAAAUCUCUCUCUCACACACACUCCUACAGUCCCAUUACAGUCGAGUCGGAUUUCAACAACCCUCUCUAUGAAGCGGGAGACACGCGGGAGUAUGAAGUUUCCAUUUGAAGAAGAGCAUUUCUGGGUGAGAAAUAAAACCACAGAAGCAUUAAAUUCUUGAGGAAGACAAAGUCUUUUUGUAUGAAAAGGCCUCACUCCCCCUAUAAUACUUGCUUUUUCUUUAUUUUUGUGUUUUCUUUUAUGUUGUUUUUUUUUUUUUUACCAUUGCAGUUUGUAACUACUUUUUAUUGAUUGUGCUUCAUCUGCCAAAAGUGAGACCCAGGUAAUGGUGUAACUUUUUGUGCUAUUAGGACUGGUGCCUUAUGAAGGAUAAGAAAUUGACUUCUAAAAGAAAAUGGAAAAAAAUUGCAGGCAAAGAAAAUGUAAAUGAGAAAAGGGGGAAUUUUUUUUUCAGUUAUUAUUUUGUUACAAAGCUAAAACAUUAGGGAGCAUGGCAAUACUUUAGUUGAAACAAUCAAAAGUUAUGUUCAUGGUUCAAUAAAAAAUGCUUAAUAUUUGUUUUUACUUUCUAAAGCGACUCUUAUGUUUCAGAGUUUCGCAGCAAAUGUAAAAGAAACCUCUUUUAAAACAAUAAACUUCUCCUUCCUUUUUUUCUCACAGGUUGUAACAAAUUCACACUAUUUGAAUGUAAAUAUCUGACUUAAUAUAUACACUUGGUGGCAGGAGGCUAUAUAUUUUCAUUAUAUACACAUAAUGAAAGUUCUGUGCCAAAAUAUAAUGUUAAAUAAUUUAAUGUCUCUUAGUGUUUCAUCCGUUGUUGGAUUAGUGUUUACAAAGGCAGUGUUUAUUUUAUUCUUCGCUGUUUCUGCCGUCAUCUGCAAACUGUCGCACCACAUACUGUAUAAGCAAAGGUGAGGACAUGAAUGUCAUAACGCUUCGAGCAUGCACUGAUUGUAAAUUAUAUUGCUUUUGCUCAAUCUCUUACAUUAACAUUAUAGUUACUGGCAGGUAUCAUUGUUAUCAAAUUUGAUGUUGUAUGCACUACGUUGAUGAGAAACUUUAAAUCUUGCCGCUUGCUGUGAUGCGCAUUAUGUAUUUAUUUAUAAACGAUUGUUUGAACGGUGAAUUUUAGACAUUCACUGGGCCAAAUGAGGGAUUCCUGGAGAUUGUUGAUUUGUUGACUUAAAUCUUCUAUGAUCAUCAGCGACAUUUCUUUGCUUCAUAUAUAAAUACACUUUUAAAGACAGUGAAUCAUUUGCAGAAUUGAAAAUAAAGUCUUUGUUGAAUGGUGUAA